UAAAUUAUGAAUUAAGGGGAAAAAAAAAUUCAGCACCAAAAGUCUUCUUAUCUCACAGAUUUAAAUCUCUAUAUAUUAACUAGUAUUUAUUUUUAUUUUUCCAAAAAGAAAAAAAAAAUGGCCUCCCAGCAAAUCGCAAAUCACAAAGACCACGCCGAGGUCCUCUACGGUGAGGCCAUCUGCCAGCAAAAAUGCCGCCAACUGCUCGACGAAAUGUCUCUGCCGCGGGGUCUCCUCCCCUUGGAGGACAUCAUGGAGGUCGGCUACAACCGCACCACCGGCUUCGUCUGGCUAAAGCAGAACAAGCCCAAGGAGCACCGAUUCCACGCCAUCGGUCGAACUGUUUCGUACGACAAAGAAGUCUCCGCCUUCGUGGAGGAGCACCGUAUGAGGCGCCUCACAGGGGUCAAGAGCAAGGAACUUUUUAUAUGGGUCUCCAUCUCCGAUAUCUUCAUCAAUGAUUCGGAUCUCAGCAAGAUCAUCUUCGCUAAUCCCACCGGGAUUUCUCGCUCCUUCCCGGUCUCUGCGUUUCGUCUCGACGAUCAAGACCACACCAACCGUGAACGCGAUCCAAGAAAGUGAAGUUUCGAUCGUUCGACUUUUUUAUUGAAGAAAUAUGAUGUAUUUUCUUAAUAAUAAAUUAAAAUAAAUAUCAAGCUUUUUUUUAGUAGAAGUUUUCAAAUUUUAGAUUUUAAACUUUUUUUGUUCUGAAGUUUUUUUUUUUGUUUACUUCUUUAUUUUUGAAUUU